AGAUCUUGGCCACAGUUACAAGCGUUUAAUUGAUUCGGCCGAAAUCAUUUAUUUGUUUAUUUUACCUAUUCGGUGACAUUCUUAGCACGUAUGCUGGAACAAUCCUGCCCAAUAAUGAUGCACAGGCUGAUAAAGCCAAUCUGGAAGAUGCCAUAAAGGAUCUGUCUGACGAGGCCAACAUGGCAUACAAAGCUCAUUUUGAGCUUGGUGAUUGUCCGUCACCAGCAAGUAUGAUGGUAGCCAGUACUAUAGUGACCGAUGACAGCAGCACAGAAGACCUUCAGAAGCGCUUCGGAGAACUCUUGGACGAGAAUGUUAUCCUCAAAGAAACUCUUAAGCGGAACAACGAUUCCAUGAAGGAGCAAUUCUUGUUGAUAGCGUCGUGCCAAGACGAUAUGAUGAAAACCCAAAUUCUGCACAAGGAGAAGUUUGAGGAGACGAAAGUGCUGGUUGACAAGCUGCGCAACGAGAACAGGAAACUGAAGCAGGACUUGCUGCGCUCGUCCGAAACGGAGACGCAGACGCCCGACUCGUUGGCCAACCGAUCGGACCCCUCGUUGGGCGCCCGCUCCGGCCCCUCGUCGGGUGCUCGCUCCGGUCCGUCGUCGGGCGUCGAAUUCGUGACGUCGCCAGACGAUGAUACCAUCAAUAAAUUGACCGCGCAAUUAGAACUAAUCGAGAAGCAGAGGCGGCAGGUUUUAAUAGAAAAUGAGAAACUGACGUGGCAGAAGGAAUCUCUGGAACACAUCGUGGACGCCACAUCCAAAGAGAGGGAUGAACUGAAGGAGAAAUUUCAUAAUUUGGAGUACCAAAUGUCGUGCAAAGAAAACGAAUCUUUGGCUCAGGUGGGGCUUCUGAAAGCCACCAUACAAGACUUGCAAACCAAGCUGACAGCUAGCGGAGCCUCCAGCAUUCCCUCAGAAGAGUUGUUGAAACGCGACUCCAUCAUACAGCAGUUGGACGGCAAGAUGUCCACGCUGCAGACGGAACUCAAGAACGCACAGCUCAGGAUAUUGGAACUGGAGAAUGUUAAGUUGGAAUACACAAAGCACAAAUCGGGUGUCUCUGAAACAGUGAGAAUAUACAAGGAACAGUUACAAGAAUUAAACGACAGACUGAGAGAAGCCCAAACUACGGUAUUCCAACCUGUGCGAGUGUCUCUGGGCGUAGAUACAGAGACGCCGUCAACUGCAUCGGAAUGCGCCAGUCUAAUGACUAACGUGAAGUUGUACGAUCGAUCGCUCAAACACUUGGCCGAUCUGCUCAACGCCCUUACUCUCGGAUUAACUGAUAGCUUGGUGGAAGCGAUGGGCGUGGCAUCAAGCCUGCUUGAAGUGAAGUUAGACAAGAGUUCUGUGGAAGAGUUCAAAGCUUGUCUCGGAGAUCUCCGGCAUCACUUGGAGAAACAACACAGCGCCUCCCUCAACCAUAUAGCCCAAGUCAAAAGUACUCUAUCGAUAUUUGAAGGAAUAUUCAAAGACUACAAUGAACUUUUGAAGAAGAACCUUACAAAGCAAGAGAUUAAACCGCCCAGUCCCAACGUGGAGGCUUUGACUUCGGCCCUCGUCGCCAGAGGGCAGGAGCUGCAGACCUUACAGGCUGAAAUGAGAACGCUGAAAAACGAUAAGGAAGACACGACUUUAUUGAAGGCACAAUUGGAAUUGUACAGGACUGAUUUCGAGGCUGAGCGCGAAGCGAGAGAGAACAUGGCUUGUCAGAAAGAGAACGUACUAACAGAUUUAAGAACAGCACAGAAGAAAGUCAAGGAGCUCACUACACAGCUAGAACAAGUGCGCAGACUAGACUCGGCAGUAUACUGGUCGGCAGUAUCCGCUACUAGCGGGUCUACUGCCGCGCCCGCUUCCGGUUCCGCUCCGACGUCUCGGCCCGCUACUACUGCUACCACUCGACCCGCCACCACCGGCGUUACUAGGAAACAGAUAUACACGUGUCCCAAAUGCAUGAAAUUCAAGUGCGACAGCUACCCUAUAAUGGAGAGUCAUCUCGACUACUGUCUAGAAAUUGACGAAGACCCGUGCAGCCCUGUUUAG